AUGUGUCCAUCGAAAACUGCUCAAAUGCUUAAAUUGUUAGAGGAUCGAGCUCUCCUCUGCAGAAACUGCGAUAUAGGGAUCCACACUGCGAGUGCCUACGGCUCAUCACACCAGCGAUUUCUCAUCACAGGGGUGAGAGUCGGUCUCCAGCACUAUCUCACUGACAACAACAGUAACAUUACCCCCAGUAGCAUCAACAACAAUGACAGAAGCAAUAGCAGCAGCAGCAACGGCAACAACAACAACAAUCAUAUAAUUCCUCAGGCAACAUCAAAUUCUUCGAUGACUAACGAGAAAGCGUGGAGUGUUGAUGCUAAUGAAGGGGACGGGUUUGGGGCUCAAUGGAUGUGGAAUGAAGUACUGUUUGAUAGUGCCGAAUUCAGUCAAUGUUAUGGUAUAUCUGAACCUGGCUCUUCAAGUUAG